UCUGCCGGGUGUCAAUGGGGUACUGUUACAUACAAAAGGAGUACGCAGUGUGCAGGUAACUAACUAAGUAGGUGAAAGGAAGGCAUCUCUCCCAGCUGUAGGCUGGUUGUCUUAAACUCGCCAAAACCCAAACAAUCAUACAACAUAGUAACACCUGGCAUGUGUGCACAGGUGACGGAAAGGGGACAUGCUUUUGAGUUUAGCUUAUGCCUUGUGGAAACACACAACAACUUUGCUUCCCGCCAACCUUGGUUUCUUGGCAAACCUGUUCUUUUAAAAAGCUGUAGUUCUGCAUACAUUUCCUUGUCGAAAAAAUAAAGCUAGCCUCAUUUUCUCUGUGAAUUUAUACUUCCGCAACAUCAUGAUUGAAGUCGACGUUUUCUGGUCUUUCGCAUUUGGCGCGUCGUUUGCAGCCUGUGCUGCCUCCACGCUUUCCGUCUCUCCUUCCCCGUUUGUGAACCGUCCAUUCGUUUUGACGCUGCUUUUCCUUUCACUCCUGUUUGUUCCGUCUGGUACCUAUUUGCUUGACAGGUUUCCUGGAUGGGAAUCAAUGUUCAUAUUCACGUCCGGAAGGGAUGCCAUUCCACCCCUCCUGACAACAACGUUUACUCUCACUAAUUCCGCCUUGGGAAUUCUCGGCUUUUACGUUACUUACAAUCACAUUCGCGCGCACCGAGACAAUCUAGCUCGUGAUCCUUCCUACCACAAAUACUGGAUUCACGCUUACUCGUGCUUCACAGCGAUUUUGGGUAUGGGAUACUAUCGGUUCACAUACCCCGGUACAUAUAGGGAUUGGAAAGCUGGCAUCACUUUCCAGAUGACGCAAUUCGUCUUCUCCCCAGUAUUCAACACACUACUUGCCAUGGGUACCAUCUUUGUGCCUGUGAUUUACUAUCUCAUGUACACCUUGGCGUCGGAAACCUUUCAGGAGUUGUCGAAGCGGCACGCAGCAGGCAACGUAUCUAUCUCUGCUGGCCAAAUUAAGAAAAACGUUCUUUCAUACAUUUUAAGAACGGCCGUUGUUGACUUUAUCGCCAUUAGCUGUGCAUGGGGACUUGCGAUGAAUACUCAUUACGUUGAUGAUAUAUCUUACUUUGAGCAUGGAUGGGCUGGAAAAUAUGCACCUUUGGUGGGGUUCGCAGUGGGGCACACGGUUGUAUUUGGACUAGUUCUAGUUCCUAUUGUAUCGAUUCGCACGGGCCGAGACUUAAAAAAGAGUCAAUAGCGGAAGUAACAAUCAGAAAGCGCAUAUUUUAGACCGUACUACUUUGUAAUAAAUAACAAUGCG